AUGCUGCAUCUUGCUUGCCGCCAUUUCUUCGCCGCGUUCGCAGACGACUUCAGCCAACUCACCGCGCGCGUGGCUAGUUUGUCACCAGCGUACCCUGCUUUCGCCUACUACCCGCCCAAGCGAGCUCGCUUCUUCCAUGCUGCAGCCCACACUCCACUUCCUAGACGGCUGUGA